AUGUCGGCUACUGCUACCACGACCACAUCCGACCCCCAUGUCGUCCUCGAAAACGAUGUUAACCACAUACCCCGAGGCGACGUAGAAGCCCCGAUGCAGUUUUUCGAGUAUCCUGAAGACGGGUCGGAGCCAUACAACCUCAUGGAGGGCCAUCUCAAGGGCGGAACCCAGCCCAACUACCCUCUAAGCACACACACCAUCUCCAUAACCGACAUCCGCGGCAAGGAGUCUGAAUACUCGCUUGCAAAACAUGGCUUCCAGGGCGUAUCGAACGUGCCCUCGGCCGCGGACCCGUCGUUCUGUGACGAGGAAAACAUCAAGUCAGUCUGGUAUCCAGAAGUCGAGAAAUUCGUCGGCGAACUAUUCCCCGAGGCCAAACGCAUAUUUAUCUUCAACCACAUUGUCCGCCGUUCUCAGCCUGGCGCUGAACACUCCCCGCUAAUCAGCGCUCACAUCGAUCAAACCCUCACAUCAACGAAGGAAGCGAUAGGCCUCUUCUUCCCGCCCGAGGAAGUAGCAGAGCUUCUCAAGGAUCGAUACCGGGUGCUCAACAUCUGGAGACCGAUAAACGGUACGGUUCAGUCAUACCCACUCGCCGUCGCUAUGCCAUCUUCGGUCCCGGAUGACGACCUGGUGCGCAUCGAGCUGCGGUAUCCCCAGCAUAAGAGCGAGACGCAGAUGCUGAAGUACAGUCCAGCCCACAAAUGGUACUAUUGGUCUGGCAUGACCAACGAGGACAGGCUAGCCUUCAUGAUCAUGGACAGUAAGGAGGACGCAGUCGCCAGGCGGACAGCCCAUGCUUCCUUUGCCGACCCCCGGACCCCGGCUGGCGCAAAGCCCCGUGAGAGCAUUGAGACUCGAGUGUUUGUCUUCGGCUAG